AUGACCAGUGCCCUUCCGUCAUACUCUUCUGCAGUACACGAGAAGAUGCACCUCCACUCCCGCUCCAUGUCCUGGACGGUGCCCGUUCUCGUCCCUAUUCCAGGUGUUCGCACCCGCAACCUUCGCCUCCACGUUCCCAACCACCGACGCGUUUCUCAGUUCACCGCGACUCGCUUCGGCCGCAGAAAGGCGCCCCUUCUCUUGCUCAUUAUCGCCCUUGCCACCCUCUGGGGCUUUUUCUCUUUUGCCAAGCGCUUUAGCAAUGAAAGUGACGAUUGGGCCUCAGCGUCAGGCGAAUCCUCUACUCUCAUCUUCUCCCGAGAAGACCUCCAGCGUAUAUGGAAGUGGGAGAUUGACAGCGGCCAUUACCCCAGCAACAUCAAGAUCCCUGAGCAAAUAGGUCUUACUUCGGCCCCUCUCAACCCUGCCUUGCCACCUCGACGGGCACCCACCAUCCCUUCUCGUUUCAGGCCACCUCCCGGUCCUGUUGUCACAACCACGCGGGGUGAUGGUCCUCGGCGCGUUUACCUUGACGUACAAAACUCGUUAGAGGUCGCAUAUCCCCCGCGGCCUGUUCCAGGUAGUGUCUCUGACCUAGACAUCGUCAUGGAUAACUGCGACUUCUCUCAGAAUAAGUAUGUUCGGGACUGUCUCGAGGUGCUCAGAGUAGGCGGAGGCCUAGACAAUGGCAAUAGGCUGCGACGCGGGAAGAUGGAUGACUGGCAUUACAUUUACAUGGAACAAGAACGCGACAAUUUCACAGAACCCCAGCAAGCUCCAUCUUUAGCAAAUGUCAUCGCUCCUCGCCCCGCUUCAUCUGCUGACGAGGAUCCGAAUGCUGGUCUUAUCCGCAAAAAAGGUCUGGAAUGGGAGUCGAGCCUGGAAUUACGUCGCCCUUUAGCGCACGUCCCGCACUCGAGUCUUUCCACUCCGUGCGAUCCGGAACACCCUCGACUUUUCCACAUGUUUUGGACUGGCCCGUUCACAGACAAACCCUAUUUGGCCUUACUGUCUUUCCUCUUCACCCAGAAUGUCGGUUUGCAUCAGAAGGAUACCCCUACGGACAACGUCUGCCGUCCGGAGUUUUGGCUAUGGAUUAACCCGGGACCUGCCGCUGCUGUGCCAAACCCUUCGGCUGUGAGCGACAUGUACGAAGGAUUGAAGACUAAUCCUUGGGCAGCACCCUUCCUUCACCCUCGCUUCAAGGAUGUCAUUAAGUUCAAGCUUUGGAACACAACUGAUCAACUUGAUGGGAUCCCUGAGCUUAAAGACGAGUGGCGAGAACUCAAGGGAACGCUAUUCAACUCUGGAGGUCAUGUCAUUGACGUACCCGCCGAGAAGUCGCAGACAGUUUCGGAGACCAUUCAAGUUGUGGAAGGGACGAAUGGUACUGAGGCUGAUGUUCCCAAACCUACUGCGGAGAAAGGUGACGAUGAUGACAUGCUCAACCGGACUGGAUCCAAGUCUUCAUCGUCAUAUGACAGACUGUCGGUUAUUCUGUCUGACAUGGCUCGCUUUGUCUUGUGCCACAGAUUUGGUGGUAUUUAUCUGGACGCAGACACGAUCUUCCUCCGGGACUGGGAGGAGCUCUGGGGUUGGAAGGGAGCUUUCGCCUACAGAUGGUCCCGUCUAGAGAAAUACAACACCGCUGUUCUCCGGAUGAACAGGAACUCGGCUCUGGGCACGUUCCUAUUCCAUACUGCUCUCAAGAACGGUCUUGAUUUCCAUCCUAUGACGGUCUCGCGAUAUCUCAAGGAUUCAUAUCUCGAAGGCCUCCUCCUUCGGCUUCCAGAUGCCCUCUUUGAUUCGGCAUGGCUGAACACGGAGCUCUACCAGCGGGAACGGCCACCACAACCUUACUUCCAGGAAUUUGCGGACUUCUUCGACACGCCGGCAACAAUCAGUGCACAGCCUCAAGCUCUCGGGUUUGAAGGAUUCUUCAGAGGGGCUUAUUCUUAUCACUUCCAUAAUUUCUGGUGGAAACCGUUUGACCCUUCGCGCAACUGGCCAGAUCUAGGACCCAAGUUUGCCGCCGGCGAACGAGCUGCACGGGCCGCCGCCGACCCAGACACUGACCCUGAUGAUUGGGUGGACCGGGUUGGAGAUGACAAACGUGAUUUGGAUUGGGCGACCGUUCUCAAGCGCACGUUUGAAUCGUACAUUCGUGGGGAGCGUCCCAAUAUGUACGGCGAGUGGCUCGAGUGGUGA